AGAAAAGGCGCCGGGCGGGCCCGAUACACAUCUGUAGGAGUCGGUGGCUGCAGAGCCGGAGCCCGGCUGCCGCGCUGUGCUGCGCCGCGCCAUGGCGCCCACCCUAGCCACUGCCCAUCGGCGCCGCUGGUGGAUGGCAUGCACGGCCGUGCUGGAAAACCUCCUCUUCUCAGCAGUCCUCCUGGGCUGGGGCUCGCUGCUCAUCAUGCUCAAGUCAGAGGGCUUUUACUCCUACCUGUGUACUGAGCCAGAGAAUGUCACCAAUGGCACCAUGGGAAGCACAGCAGAGCAGGACCACGAGGAGGUGGCCUGGAUGAAUGGCUGGCUCAGUUGCAAGGCCCAGGAUGAGAUGCUAAACUUGGCCUUCACCGUGGGCUCCUUCCUGCUCAGUGCCAUCACCCUGCCCCUGGGCAUCGUUAUGGACAAGUAUGGUCCGAGGAAACUCCGGCUGCUGGGCAGUGCCUGCUUUGCAGUCUCCUGCUUGAUGAUUGCAUAUGGAGCAAGUAACCCAAACUCUCUCUCUGUGCUCAUCUUCAUCUCCCUGUCUCUCAAUGGCUUUGGUGGGAUGUGCAUGACCUUCACUUCACUCACACUUCCCAACAUGUUUGGUGAUCUUCGGUCCACUUUUAUUGCCUUGAUGAUUGGGUCCUACGCCUCCUCAGCAGUUACCUUCCCAGGAAUCAAGGUCAUCUAUGACUUUGGUGCUUCCUUCAUCAUCAUCCUCGUGGUCUGGGCCGGCUGCUCCGGCCUGGUUUUCCUCAACUGCUUCUUUAACUGGCCUCUGGAGCCCUUUCCAGGGCCAGAGGACAUGGACUACUCGGUAAAGAUCAAGUUCAGCUGGCUGGGCUUUGAUCACAAGAUCACAGGGAAGCAGUUCUACAAGCAGGUGACCACAGUGGGGCGCCGCCUCAGCGUGGGCAGCUCCAUGAGGAACUCCAAGGAGCAGGCCGCACUGCAGGAGGGCCACAAGCUGUGCCUGUCCACUGUCGACCUGGAGGUGAAAUGCCAGCCAGACGCUGCAGCGGCUCCCUCAUUCAUGCACAGUGUGUUCAGCCCCAUCCUGCUGCUCAGUCUCCUCACCAUGUGUGUCACCCAGCUACGGCUCAUCUUCUACAUGGGCGCCAUGAACAACAUCCUCAAGUUCCUGGUCAGUGGAGACCAGGACAAAGUUGGCCUCUACACCUCUAUCUUCGGCGUGCUCCAGCUGCUCUGCCUGCUGACAGCCCCUGUCAUUGGCUACAUCAUGGACUGGAGGCUGAAGGAGUGUGAAGAUGCCUCUGAAGAGCCUGAGGAGAAAGAGGCCAGCCAGGGUGAGAAAAAGAAAAAGCGGGACCGGCAGAUCCAGAAGAUUACCAAUGCCAUGCGGGCCUUUGCUUUCACCAACCUGCUGCUCGUGGGCUUUGGGAUAACCUGCCUUAUUCCCAACCUGCCUCUACAGAUCAUCUCCUUCAUCCUGCACACGAUUGUGCGUGGAUUCAUUCACUCUUCUGUUGGGGGCCUGUAUGCCGCUGUGUACCCAUCCACCCAGUUCGGCAGUCUUACAGGCCUGCAGUCACUGGUCAGUGCUCUCUUCGCUCUCCUACAACAGCCCCUGUUUUUGGCCAUGAUGGGCCCCCUCCAAGGAGACCCUCUGUGGGUGAAUGUGGGGCUGCUUGGCCUGAGCAUGCUGGGGUUCUGCCUUCCCCUCUACCUGAUCUGCUACCGGCGACAGCUGGAGCGGCAGUUACAGCAGAAGAGGGAGGAUGACAAACUUUUCCUCAAGAUCAACGGUUCAUCCAACCAGGAGGCUUUUGUGUAGCACCCACCACCUCAGAACUAUGGCCUCCCGCCCAUGCUUCAGUGACUGACUAGUAUCCUCCUCCCCAUGCAGAGGACCCCCAUGCACCCCCAGGACCCUCUCCUUUACCACAUUGGAGCCCUCCCUUCCUCCCAGGGUCCUGGUCCUGCCUUGGAACUCUGUUGUGGAUGGAUGAUGGGAAAGGACCCAGGACAGGGUGAUUUUCCUACUGCCUCAGGCAGGGGCUGCCCUGGGCUUUGCUCAGCUGCUCCUGAGGGGUCCUGGGGCCUUGGAGCUUCAUGGAACCUUCAGGAGGAGCCAGGAAGACCCUCAGCAGGCAGGCUCUCUACUCAAAGUAUCUGGAUUCUGCCUCUUGCCAUGGCAGAGGGGUCUGCCAUCCACUGCCUGCCUAAUGCCCCUCGGCUGCAUGCCCACCGACCAUGCCUGUCUGAGGACAAAGGCUUGCACUGUCUGCAAUCCCCUCGCCUGGCCGCUCACCUCCUCCCCUGACAAGUCAGGCUGCCUGAGGAAGGAAGGACCCGCUUCCUGUUGUUGGUGCUAACUCCUUUGUAAUUCCAGCCCCCUGUGGCCUGUCCUCCUAUUAGAGGCCUAUGGAGAAGUCCCACUGGCUUAAAGCCUGGGCAGGGAUGGUGGGCUAAGUGAACACACUAAGCCU